GCCAGAAACGGGUUGAGCGGCUCGUUAGCUGAAUCAUCCACUUGUCAAGCCCCCUCUUCACAACUGUAUCUUGCGGUAUUAUGGCAGCAAGGUAUGACAGAGCAAUCACCGUGUUUUCUCCCGAUGGACAUCUGUUCCAGGUAGAAUAUGCCCAAGAAGCGGUCAAGAAAGGUUCCACCGCGGUGGGAAUCAGAGGUAAAGACAUCGUCGUCCUCGGUGUUGAGAAGAAGUCUGUAGCCAAGUUGCAGGAGGAAAGAACUGUCCGCAAGAUAUGUGCCCUGGACGAGCAUGUCUGCAUGGCAUUUGCAGGGCUGACAGCAGAUGCCCGUAUUGUGAUCAACAGAGCACGGGUUGAAUGCCAGAGUCACAGGCUUACUGUUGAGGACCCAGUCACAGUGGAGUACAUAACACGCUACAUUGCUACAUUGAAACAGCGCUAUACCCAGAGUAAUGGACGCAGGCCAUUUGGCAUCUCUGCGUUAAUUGUUGGCUUUGACUAUGAUGGAACCCCAAGGCUGUACCAAACGGAUCCCUCAGGAACCUACCAUGCAUGGAAGGCAAAUGCAAUUGGCCGAAGUGCAAAGACUGUGAGGGAGUUCUUGGAGAAGAAUUACACGGACGAAGCCAUUGCUGGUGACAAUGAGGCAAUCAAGCUUGCCAUCAAAGCGUUGCUUGAGGUCGUCCAGUCUGGAGGGAAAAAUAUUGAACUCGCUGUUAUCAGAAGAAACCAGCCUCUGAAGAUAUUGGAGUCUAAAGAAAUUGAGACCCUGGUGGCUGAGAUUGAAAAGGAGAAGGAAGAAGAGGCUGAAAAGAAGAAGCAGAAAAAAUCUACUUAGGCAGUUCAUUAAAUAACAUUUUUUCCCAGUUGGCCGUGGGUGGAAGCCUCUGUAUCUGGGUUGCAAAUGUUAGGAAGUUUCCUGGGGUUUCACAGUCCUCUUGUUUCAGUGUAAACAACACGGUCACUUGAGAUCCAUUUGCCUAUCUCUGGAUUUGACUCGCAUUUCUAAGAUUUAUCAAAGAAGACGCAAGGAAGCUUCUAACAUUUGCAGCUGCUGCAUCAUUGACUGAUGUGCAUGUUGGGUGUGGAGGCCAAGCCUGGGUUUCAACUUUUUAAUAACUCUUGUUUAACAGUAGAGGUUCCAAUGUGUCUUUGUGUUUCCAAUUUUCAUCAAAUUGUUUUCAUGGUGAUGAAAUGGAAACAUUUGAAACUGUACCAUUCUGAAUGAUGGCAUCAUUCUGCUCAUUAAAGAUCCAUUUGUUUGUAA